CGUAUUUCUGCUCAACAUUCAGGAAAGCUCAGACGAGGAAAAGCUAUUCAACUCUAAUUCCAUCGCAUUCACACAUCAUAUCAUUCUCGAAACCGAUUCUUGUUCUUGUCCGCUUUCUCUCUCUCUUCAUCUCCAAAUCUCCUCUCUCUCUUCAUCUCUCUAUCUCUGCCAAUACGCGUCUAGAUACAGUGCAAUACUCCAUUUCCUUAUAUUGCCCGACCCGAAAGACUUGCGCUGGUCUCCGGAUCAAGAUCGUCCAUGGCGGAAAGCGGAUCGGAUCCUCUCGGCUUCCGAUUAGAUAUCAAACAAAUAUUAUUAGAAGCACAACAUCGGUGGCUGAGACCUGCUGAAAUUUCUGAAAUUUUGCGGAACUACAAAAAGUUCCACAUUACACCAGAGCCUCUGUAUAAGCCAGUCAGUGGUUCUGUUUUUCUUUUUGAUCGGAAGGUGCUAAGAUACUUUCGGAAGGAUGGACACAAUUGGAGAAAGAAAAAGGAUGGAAAGACUGUGAAGGAAGCUCAUGAGAAGCUGAAAGUUGGAAGUGUUGAUAUGCUACACUGCUAUUAUGCACAUGGUGAAGAUAAUGAAAAUUUUCAACGGCGUAGUUAUUGGAUGCUUGAACAGGAUCUUAUGCACAUAGUUUUUGUGCACUACUUGGAGGUCAAGGGUAACAAGGCAAUGAGAAGUAUUGAACCAACUGAAUCAAGUUCCAUAGAUGAAAGCUCAAUGUCUGUCAGUUCCGCUGGGAAUUGCACAAAACUGACUUCCACAUCAGCUGAUUCGCCUAGUCCAACUAGCACUCUUACAUCAGCGUAUGAAGAUGUUGAAUCUGAAUAUAGUCACCCAGGGACAUCUGGGUUGCAGUCAUUUCCUGAGAUAGCUACGGCUGGCAGUUAUUCGGUUGAAAAUGUGGAUACAGUUCCACUUCAAUAUUCUGCAGGUUCUAAACAAACACUUGAUUUGGCAUCUUGGGAAAAGUUUCUGGAGAAUUGUACAAAAGGUGAUAUUGCUUACAAACAGGACCCAACAAAUUCUUCUUCAGUUCAGACAAAUUGGCAGCAUUAUUCUGAAGACCCUGCAUUGCAGUUUCAUGGGCAGUCUGUCCAUCAGGGUUUCAUAUCAGAUUCAAAUUAUGAUUUGGGAAGGUUCUCUAAUCCAAAGUCUCUUCAAGAAUAUUUCCUCAACACUACAGGACCAUUGGACAUGUAUCCCAAUGAAACAGCAGAGCUACCAAUAGAGAUGAAUCAUCAAUACAAUCCUAAUUUUGAUAGUAAUGUGCAGAAAGUUGGGAAUGAAGAGUAUUCUGUAAAGAAGCAUCCGCUUUUGGAUGGUUCUGGUGUAAAAGAAGGCUUGAAUAAAGUUGACAGCUUCUCCCGAUGGGUAGAUAAAGAACUUGGAGAUGUUGAGGAGCUGCAAAUGCAUUCAAGUAAUGGCAUUUCAUGGAAUGUUAUAGAGAGUGAGGAUAGUGAUUCCUGCAUUCCUUCUCAACUGCAAUUGGGCUCUGAUUCACUGAAUCCCUCGCUCUCUCAGGAGCAGCUUUUCAGCAUCAUAGAGUUUUCGCCAAUGUGGGCAUAUUCAAAUAAAAAAACCAAGGUGCUAAUUACAGGAAAAUUUCUUCAAACUGAAAAAGAAGUGGCAAAAUGCAAGUGGUCAUGCAUGUUUGGAGAAGUGGAGGUCCCAGUUGAAGUUUUGCCGACUGGGCUACUUUGUUGUUAUAGUCCCCCCCACAGGGCUGGGACAGUCCCAUUUUACAUAACUUGUUCGAACAGGUUAGCUUGUAGUGAAGUAAGAGAAUUUGAAUACCGAGCUGGACCUAGUAAAGACACUAAUGCUAGUGAUAGUCAUACAAUGGAGGUGCUUCUUCAUGAGCGCUUUGAAAGGCUAUUGCGUCUGGGAGCUACUGUCAGUCAUUGCAGUUCAGAGGAUAUUAUGGAGAAGCAAACUAUAGUGAAUAAAGUCAUUGAAUUGAUGGAGGAGCAAAAUCUUUGUAUGACUGAUUUUAUGGACCUCUAUGAGCCCAAAAAUAGGGAAUUGCCACUGUUUGGGAAAGAGCUGAAAGAAAGGUUCUACACAUGGCUUCUCCACAAAAUUAAUGAAGAUGGAAAAGGGCCAGCUUUUGUAGAUGAAGAAGGUCAAGGUGUAAUCCAUUUGGCUGCUGCGCUCGGAUAUGAUUGGGCAUUGAAACCAAUCUUAAUAUCAGGAGUUAGUAUAGAUUUUCGUGAUGUGAAUGGAUGGACUCCACUUCAUUGGGCUGCAUUCUAUGGCUGGGAGGAGACUGUUGCUACUCUUGUUUCUCUAGGUGCAUCUCCUGGAGCAUUAACGGAUCCUUCUGCUGAAUUUCCGCUGGGUAGAACUCCUGCAGAUUUGGCAUCUGCCAAUGGAAACAAGGGAAUUUCUGGUUUUCUAGCUGAGUCCUCCCUGACCACACAUCUUGCAAGACUUGAUGUGAGUGAUGCCAAGGAAAACAAUGCUUUGGACACUUCAAAAACAAAAGAGAUACAAACCGUUACAGAGCGUGUGGCAGUUCCAACAACUGAUAAUGUGCCAGAUGUGUCACUGAAUGAUUCACUUGCUGCUGUACGUAAUGCUACUCAGGCUGCUGCUCGCAUACAUCAAAUUUUCAGGGUUCAGUCCUUCCAGAGGAAGAAGUUGAUCGAACAUAAUGGUGAAUUAUUAAGCGAUGAGCAAGCUCUUUCAAUGGUUGCUUCUAAAACAUCAAGGCUGGGGCAAAAGGAUCGAAUUGCUCAUGCUGCUGCAACACAAAUCCAGAAAAAGUUUCGUGGUUGGAAGAAGAGAAAAGAGUUCCUCUUAAUUCGACAAAGAGUUGUUAAAAUUCAGGCUCAUGUGAGGGGACAUCAAGCAAGGAAAAAAUAUAAGCCAAUAAUAUGGUCUGUGGGAAUUCUAGAGAAGGUAAUAUUGCGAUGGAGACGUAAAGGAAGUGGUUUGAGAGGGUUCAAAUCUGAUGCGGUUGCAAAACCCAUCAUGGAAGACAAGCCAGCAUCAGUUGAAGAUGAUUAUGAUUUUCUGAAGGAGGGAAGGAAACAGACUGAAGAAAGAAUGCAGAAGGCCCUUUCUCGGGUGAAAUCCAUGGCUCAAUAUCCUGAGGCACGUGAACAGUAUCGCAGGAUGCUUACUGCUACUGAAGGGGUCCGCAAAACAAAGGAUGCUUCCACCGGAGUAGUUGGGAGUUCAGAAGAUACAAGUUACCAAGAUGAGGACCUACUCGAUAUAGAGACUCUGCUGGAUGAUGAUACCUUCAUGUCUAUACCGUUUGAAUGAUCUCUAGGAGCCUUAGCUAGCUUUGAUUUCGACCCUUUUAAGAAUGAUUAAUUGGCGUUGUUCAUAACUAAAUAAUCUAUUAGUAAUUAAUUUCUUUUGUAUAUAGUAUUUAGCUUAGAUGGAAUGUGCUGUGCUUUUUAGGACCGGUUUUUAAUUCUAAUACAUAAAAUGCUCUGUUGUAUUAGGAACGCUUAGAAAAUGUAAUCUUUGCAUUA